GGACCAGAUGAGUCUUUGACGAAUUCGGAGACCCCGGCUCGGACCCAUGGUUUCGGCCAUUGUGAUCACAGUCUCGGGCCUAGUCUCGAUCGAUGAUUAGGUGUGUGAGUAGGAGGAGUUCGCACAAACGAAGACAUUCAUCGGAGAGAGAGAGAGAGCGAGAGAGAAGGAGCGAGAGAGAGAGAGUGUGAGACAUAGACAGAGAGAACGACACAGACACAGCACAGACACGGACACAGGAGCAAGAGAGAGCAGCGGUGUUGGAAGAGUUCUUAUGCAGCACGACUCCAUAUCUAGGAUUCUUUGUGCGUGUAUAAUUGAGCUUCAUCAGCAUAACUAGACACAGAAGUGGGGAAGAAUUACGAGGUCUGAACCAGGGUAACUCCAAGGCGUUGACGCAACAAUUCAUAUUAUCCGAUCAUACUCUAGCUGGUGAUACGAUGAUUGCACUCGAUGACGUCUGCAUUCGCCGUUUGGUUCUGAAAUCAUGACCUUGAAGAAAUACGUUUCUAGAGUCGGUUGGAAUCUGAAGUCUUGGGUUUAUUUCCAAGACAUGCAAGAUGGCGGACCGUGUUUACAAUAUUCUGCCAGUGGACGAUCCACACGCAGUCGAUCAUGCCGGGAUGAUGUUUCCAGAGGUAAAGGCAGCAAUGCGUGCUUUGCAGGAAGUUGAUAGACUACCUGUCCCACCGGAUUUAAGGAGGUGGACCCCUGAAUCGGAUAUGCUAGAUUGGCUUGGUGGAUUCUUCGGCUUUCAGGAAGAUAAUGUGAGAAAUCAACGAGAACACCUCGUUUUGCUUCUCGCCAAUGGAAUGAUGCACCUGUUUCCAUCCCCAUCGAUGCCUUUGGACACGUUGGAAACAAGUGUUGUGAAGAUGAUUAGAAAGAAGGUUACAGGAAACUACGUCAAAUGGUGCAAGUUUAUCGGCUGCAAAAAUAAUCUGAUAAAGCUUGUGGAAAGAAGAGGAGGACCGAGUGAACGCGAGCCACAGUGGCACGAUUUGAUGUAUACAUGUUUAUUUCUCUUGAUUUGGGGAGAGGCAGCCAAUUUAAGGUUUAUGCCGGAGUGUCUCUGCUUCAUAUAUGACAAUAUGCUCCAGGAGUUGAAUAAGGCUAUAGACGGAUUUACAGACAAUGUUGAGUUACAAGGAGAAAUUCCUACUUACGCAGGACCGAAUGGUUUUCUUAAUAACAUUAUUGUUCCAAUAUACGAAGUUGUCAAAGCGGAGGCAGAUUCUAAUAAUGGUGGUGCAGCUCCUCACUCAUCAUGGAGGAACUAUGAUGACAUGAAUGAAUAUUUUUGGAGCUCUCGUUGUUUUGAGCAACUGCGAUGGCCAUUCUCGUUAAACCCAAAAAUGAACGAAGAUAUUCCUUACAACCAACGUGUCAAUUAUGAAAGUUGCAGCUAUCUCAUAAAGCCAUUAAGAGAACGAGGGUAUCUUAAUCGCGGGACAAAAGACCAAGAUCACAAGGUGGGGAAGACUGGUUUCGUUGAACAACGCUCAUUUUGGUACAUCUUUCGCAGCUUUGAUCGCAUAUGGGUAGCGCAUAUUCUGGUCCUUCAGGCGUCCGUUGUAACAUUGUGGCACAACGGCGGUCCACCCUGGAUUGAAUUGCAAAAGCCGGAUCCUUUGGCACGUUUUCUGAGCAUUUUUAUCACCUGGUCAUUGUUGCGAGUUCUACAAGGUUUACUUGAUAUUGGGAGCCAAUACAGUCUUGUAUCCAAAGAAACAGUUUUCACUGGAAUUCGUAUGAUCCUAAAGCCAUUGGUGGCCGCUGUUUGGGCAAUCCUUUUCAUUAUUUACUACAGAAGGAUGUGGUGGCAAAGAAACAUCGAUCAGUAUUGGUCGGGUUAUGCCAAUGAUAGACUGCAUGAAUACUUAUACAUAGCUGCAGCCUUCAUUGUUCCAGAGGUUCUAGCUCUUGUGCUCUUCAUUUUGCCCUGGCUUCGCAAUUUUGUCGAGAACUCAAACUGGAGGAUUUUUCAUGCUCUGACUUGGUGGUUUCAGACUCGUCAGUUUGUUGGCCGAGGUCUUCGUGAAGGAGUGAUGGAUAAUUUGAAAUAUGCUUUGUUUUGGCUCUCUGUCCUGGCAUCUAAAUGUGCUUUCAGCUAUUGGCUUCAGAUCAGGCCUUUAAUUGCACCAACCAAGCAAAUCCUCCGGACCAAAAAUAUCACAUAUAAGUGGCACGAAUUUUUCCCAAAUGGUAGUCGAGCAGCGAUAGUUGUAUUAUGGGCCCCAGUACUUCUGAUUUACUUUAUGGACGUUCAAAUCUGGUAUUCCAUAUGGUCGUCUGGCGUUGGGGCUUUUGUAGGUCUUCUUCAACAUCUCGGAGAAAUUCGUAACGUUCAUCAACUGAGGUUGCGAUUCAAGAUUUUUCCAUCUGCAUUCGAAUUCAAUCUCAUGCCACCGAAACAACUGCAACACACAACUUUGUGGGAAAAUGCCAAGGACCUGGUCGAGCGAUUUAGGCUUAGAUAUGGAUGGUCUGCUAUACAUGAAAAGGUGGAAUGGGGUCAACGCGAAGGGGUUCAAUUUGCUCAUGUAUGGAACUUAAUCGUGAAUACUUUUCGUGAUGAGGACCUCAUUAGUGACAGGGAACUGGAGCUUUUAGAAAUUCCGUCCGGAGCUUGGAGGCUAUCAGUUUUCUUGUGGCCUUCUGCUCUGUUAGCUAAUCAGAUCCUCCAAGUUUUAACUAAUGAAGUCCAGUACUUCAAGGGAGAUGAUACAAAGCUAUGGGGUAUAAUUAGUAAGCAUGAGUAUCGAAGAUGUGCAGUCACAGAGUGCUAUGAAAGCAUCAAGCAUAUACUAUUACGUAGGCUUCUCAAGGUUGACUCACAGGAGCACAAGAUUAUCGAAAGCGUUUUCAAAGAGAUAGAUGCAUCCAUAGCUCAUGACAGAUUUACAACUUCUUUUGUUCUCCAGAAAAUCUUAAUCGUCCAUGACCGGGUAGUGAAGCUGAUUGCAGUACUAAUGACUAAGCCAACUGGAGGGAAUAUUCGUAAGGUUGUGGAUGCCUUACAAAACUUGUACGAGGACGUAGUGGAGGACUUUAUAAGGGACUCUAGUGUGAAGGAGAUCAUUAGAGGGCAACAUUUAUCUACUGCAACCAACAAAGACACGGAGCUUUUUAUGAACGCUGUGACACUUCCAAGUGAUGACGAUGCGCCGUUUUUCAAGCACCUGUCGAGAAUACACACAACAUUGAGCACGAGGGAACCUUUUCUUAACGUGCCCAAGGGAUUAGAGGCUCGGCGACGCAUAUCUUUCUUCAGCAAUUCCCUCUUCAUGACCAUGCCGCGAGCGCCACAGGUGGAUCGAAUGUUGGCGUUCAGCGUUUUGACACCUUACUACACUGAGGAAGUUAUCUUCAGUUCAAAGCAGUUGAAAGAAGAGAAUGAGGAUGGUAUAACGAUUUUAUUUUACCUGCAAAGGAUUUUCCCAGAGGAUUGGUUGAACUUUCUGGAGCGCAUGAAGAAAAAGGGCUUGUUAGAGCUUAAUUUAUGGGAUACGGAUGAUGCUAUCGAACUACGUCUUUGGGCUUCUUAUAGAGGGCAGACGCUUGCACGUACCGUGCGGGGAAUGAUGUAUUAUGAACGGGCACUUCAAGUACAGGCCUUUUUAGACACAGCCACGGAUACUGAAAUGCAGGGAAUCAAAGAACUUUUGGACGCAGGCAGUAGUCCGAAUAGAAGGGGAUCUUUUCGUUCUGAGCAUGCAUAUGAAGAACGCGAAAAUCGAAAAAACAAGCAGCUACAAAAUCUUGCAGCCGCUGGUAUGAAGUUCACAUACGUUGUGACCUGUCAAAUUUACGGAAAUCAGAAAAAAACCAAUGACUAUAAGGCAGCGGAUAUAUUACGUCUCAUGAAAACGUACCACACGGGCCUACGAAUUGCUUACGUGGAUGAAAUUAAGGAGGAAAAGGGCAACAAGUACUAUUCUGUUCUUGUCAAGUAUGACAAAGUUCUGAAAAGAGAGGUAGAAAUCUACAGGAUACAGUUACCUGGACCACUGAAGCUGGGAGAAGGGAAACCUGAAAAUCAGAAUCAUGCCCUGAUUUUCACAAGAGGUGAUGGAGUGCAAACGAUAGAUAUGAACCAGGAAAUGUACUUUGAGGAAGCCAUGAAGAUGAGAAACCUACUUGAAGAGUUUAAUCGCUUUCGUGGAAUCCGAAAGCCCACGAUUUUAGGUGUAAGAGAGCAUGUCUUCACGGGAUCCGUUUCAUCCUUAGCAUGGUUCAUGUCUGCUCAAGAAACAGUAUUUGUCACCCUCAACCAACGCGUUUAUGCAAAUCCUCUCAAAAUCCGGAUGCAUUAUGGACAUCCUGAUGUAUUUGAUCGACUGUGGUUCUUGGGCCGAGGUGGGAUCAGCAAGGCAUCCCGAUCGAUCAAUAUCAGUGAGGACAUCUUCGCAGGCUUCAAUUGUACUCUUCGUGGUGGUACCGUCACUCAUCACGAGUAUAUUCAGGCUGGUAAGGGUCGGGACGUUGGAUUGAAUCAGAUUGCCAUGUUCGAAGCCAAAGUGGCCAGCGGGAACGGGGAGCAGAUGCUGAGCCGUGAUGUUUACCGUCUUGGUCAUCAUCUAGAUUUCUUUCGAAUGUUUUCUUUCUACUACACCACGGUUGGGUUUUUUGUGAACAACUUGAUAAUUGUAUUGACUGUUUUUGUCUUUCUUUGGGGCCGUGUGUACUUGGCCUUGAGUGGCAUAGAAAAAUCAUUAACAACUGGAUCGAACGCUCUCUCGAAUGCGGCACUGACAGCCACUUUAAACCAGCAGCUUGUUGUCCAGUUGGGUUUGCUGACUGCUCUACCCAUGCUUGUGGAAUAUGCUUUAGAGCACGGAUUCACUACAGCUUUGUGGAAUAUGAUUACAAUGCAACUUCAGUUGGCUUCCCUAUUCUUUACCUUCGAGAUGGGAACACGGAGUCACUAUUUUGGACGCACACUUCUGCAUGGUGGUGCUAAGUAUAGGGCAACCGGUCGUACAUUCGUGGUUAAGCACGAAAAGUUUGCUGAGAUUUACCGGCUGUAUUCAAGGAGCCACUUCACCAAAGGCAUUGAGCUUCUGAUGCUUCUAUUCUGCUAUCUGGCGUAUGGGGUCGUCAGUUCGUCUGCCACUUACAUGUUGGUCAUGAUAUCUAGCUGGUUUCUGGCUUUCACGUGGAUAAUGGCGCCUUUCAUUUUCAAUCCUUCGGGGUUCGAUUGGCUGAAGACAGUGGAAGAUUUUGAUGAAUUCUUGCAGUGGAUAUGGUUCAAAGGAGACAUCUUUGUUAAACCGGAGCAAAGUUGGGAAAUAUGGUGGGAGGGCGAACAGACGCAUUUGAAAACUACCGGAUUGUGGGGUAAAUUGCUGGAUAUUGUACUGGAUUUGCGGCUCUUCCUUUUCCAGUACGGCAUUGUUUAUCAUCUGCAGAUCACAGGCAACAGUACAAGUGUCUUCGUCUAUCUCUUGUCUUGGAGUUACAUGCUCGCUGCUAUCUUGCUCCACCUCGUUAUCUCGAAUGCAAGCGAUCGAUAUGCCGCCAACAAGCACGGUCGUUACCGUUUAAUUCAAACUGUGACGAUAGCCGUCGUUGCGGCUAUUGUGAUUGUGCUCGCAACUCGGACUAAUUUCACAUUCCUCGACAUUCUUGCAAGUUUUCUUGCUUUCUUGCCCACAGGCUGGGGCAUCCUCCAGAUCUGUCUCGUGUUGCGGCGUCCGUUUUUGGAAAAUUCAAAAGUAUGGGGAACUAUCACUGCUGUUGCACGCCUAUAUGAUCUAGGAAUGGGCAUGAUUAUAAUGGCUCCUGUUGCUUUUCUUUCCUGGUUGCCUGGAUUCCAGGCAAUGCAGACCCGCAUCCUUUACAAUGAGGCUUUCAGCCGAGGCCUCCAGAUCUCUCGUUUAUUUGUUGGCAAGAAGAACACACAUAUUGACUGAUAAGCGUAACCUGAUCUGUUUAGUUUUGCCUCAACCCUCUACCUUACCCCACAGCUGGAAUAUUUGUAGAAUAUUUAUAAAUUAUCUCAGGGUUCACUGGAAUCGUUUCCGAGAGCUUGCAAGUGCUCUGAUGUGCCCUUCAAAUAGAUAUAUGUACAGCAGACAAAGAUGCAGUUACUUGUUAUUCUUAUUGUUUUAUUAUUACUUGUUAUAUUGUUAGUCUUCUCUCCAUUUGACUUCGUGUCGAAAAUAAUAGCAGGAAAGAAUCAAAUUAUGCCUUACUUAUUUCCAGUGGUAUCUCUUUUUCGAAUUCAGUUUUGAAGGAGGUGCCUCUUUCAAUCACUUAGAGAUUCGGAUACUAGAGAAACCUGGUUACCAACAAUUUUACUAAAUCCAUGUAUAAAUCUUUAGUUCAAAUUGCUGGAAUUCUGUUCAAGAUCA